CUAGAUAAUCAGUCCAUAUGGAGUAUAUUCCUGACCAACUGCCCAACCACCAUUAGCCGUACGCUGUCUCCGUCACCAUGGAAGUCGUCGUCGCUCGCCGGGGCGUCGUCGUCCUGCGGGUGCGCCCCGGCGACCCGCGCGGUGGCAGCGGCGACGCGCUGUCCGACCGCUGCUCGAGGCUGCUCCUGCUAUGGACGUUCGCCGUCGGCCUCGCCAUCGGACUGCUCAUGUUCGCCAGCCACGUCUGGGCCUCCGUCGCCGCCGCCGCGCUCCUCGCCGCGACGUGCCUGUACACCUGCCUGUCCCUGAACGCGGCGCCCGUGGACCAUCGGCCGCCGCCGUUGCUGCGAGUCGCCGCGACGCCUCCGGCCGCGGCGGCGGCGCAGCAGCAGGCGGCCAACUGCGGCGGAGGACUCAGGCAGGAGGACGUCGACGCGGCCAUCCCGGCGUUCGAGUACCGGAAGGGGUCGUCGUCGGGCGGCGCGGCGGAGCAGUGCGCCGUGUGCAUCAGCGUUGCGCGGCGGGGCGAGACGGUGCGGCGGCUGCCGGCGUGCGGGCACGCGUUCCACGCACCCUGCAUCGACGGGUGGCUGCGCGCGCACGCGACGUGCCCCAUGUGCCGCGCCGACGUCAAGGUCGCCGGCGGCGGCUCGCCGGUAUAGUCAGUCGCACACGAUGUACAGUACAGGCUGUUCCGUUUGGAGAACGUGCUUAAUUAUAAUUAUUUUUUCAUUAGUUUUUUCUUUUUACCAAUUAUUAGUU